GUGAAGUCGCUCCGCUUCCAAACCACAAUGGAGAAUAAGUAGGAAGAACCCCGGGCUCGUAAUUUAUUUAUAGCGUAAAGUUACAUUUUUUAACUUGUAGCUUCACAGUCUUGAACUUUAUAUCUUGACACGUGGUUUUUCGUCAGAAUCGUACUUUGCGGAAGGAUCGCGAAGAGCUUGUGGAAGAGUUUGUAACGAGGAAAUGGUCCGAGGCUAACGUUAUGUAGCAUGCUAAUCUCAUUUAUUCACUAAGGUAAAGUCCACACACAGGUAUGACCGAGUACAAGCUGGUGGUGGUCGGGGCUGGAGGUGUGGGGAAGAGCGCCCUCACCAUCCAGCUCAUCCAGAACCACUUCGUGGACGAGUAUGAUCCGACCAUCGAGGACUCGUACAGGAAGCAGGUGGUGAUUGACGGGGAGACGUGUCUGCUGGACAUCCUGGACACUGCAGGUCAGGAGGAGUACAGCGCCAUGAGGGACCAGUACAUGAGGACGGGGGAGGGCUUCCUCUGCGUGUUCGCCAUCAAUAACAUCAAAUCGUUUGAGGACGUCCACCUGUACAGGGAGCAGAUCAACCGGGUGAAGGACAGCGACAGCGUUCCCAUGGUUCUCGUCGGGAACAAGAGCGACCUGAGCUCCCGGACGGUGAAGAGCAGCGACGCCCAAGAACUGGCCCGGAGGUUCGGCGUCCCGUUCGUCGAGACGUCCGCCAAAACCCGACAGGGAGUGGAGGAAGCUUUCUACUCGUUAGUCCGAGAGAUCAGGAAAUACAAGGAGACCAACCGCAGCAACAAGAAGAGCAAGAAGAACACUCAGAGACGCUGCAUCAUACUAUAGCAGCAUCCGUCGCCACGGAGACGUCCAAUCAGAGGCAGACGAGGCCACGCGUGACAGUUUAUUUUUAAUUCCUGACUAAAUUCAGCACAUUUCUCUUUGUUUUUAGUUUCAUCACGUUUUAAGAUUUUUAUUAAAAUGUAUUUUGACUUGUUCAGUAUUUCAGUUUAAACAUUUCACAUGUAUCCGUUGUCAUGUUAGCAGCAUCUUCAGGAUCACCACGGUAACAGGGCCUUCAGGUGCACUUUACUGACCCCCCGUUUACCCCAGCGUUCGGGACUCGGUUCGACGCUGCAGGAAAAUGUUCACCCUCACAUUUAAAGUGUCACGGUUUCUGUUUUUGUGCAUUAAUAAACCGCUGUCGUUACCUGGACUGAAUGUAGAAGCGCUGUUAAACAUCACAACAUUAAACAUACACGUGUUGAAAGGCUGA